GUGUGGCAUGCUUGUAUGGCGACGAAAGACAAGGACAAAGACUACGGACCUCUGCCUCCUCUGAUAGCGAAAGGUCUCAACGACAAAUUGUACGAAAAGCGAAAGACCGCCGCACUCGAACUGGAAAGAACAAUCAAGGAGCUCAACGCGUUGGGCGACUGGAAGCAAGUCGACAACAUUGCAUUCAUUCUCAACCAGGAAUUCAUUCAAAUACCGAAUGCAAACAGCAAGAAAGGAGGCCUCAUCGGUCUGGCCGCCACGGCCAUCGCUCUUGGAAUUGAGGCCGGAAAGUUCAUUGAGAGGCUCAUCCCGCCUGUUCUCAGCUGUUUCCACGACCAGGACAGUCGAGUGCGAUACUACGCGUGCGAGGCGCUCUACAACGUCGCCAAAGUAUCGAGACGAGCCAUCCUGCCCUACUUCACUCGCAUUUUCGACGACAUCUCGAAGUUGGCAGCUGAUCCGGACUUCAAUGUGAAGAAUGGAGCCGAGCUGCUGGAUCGCCUCAUAAAGGAUAUUGUGACCGAGUCUCCGACGUUUGAUGUCGAUGCUUUUAUUCAUCUUCUUCGAGACAGGAUAUACAGCAACAAUCAACAUGUUAGGCAGUUCAUCGUCCAGUGGAUUACACUGCUGGACGCUGUACCUCAGAUCGACUUGCUGAAAUAUCUUCCUGAAUUUCUUGACGGAAUGUUUCUUAUAUUGAGUGACCCGAGUAAAGAGAUCCGGAGAAUGUGUCAAGUUCGAUUAGGAGAGUUUGUCAAGGAGAUCAGAGAGUGUCCAAAUACAGUGAAUUACACAGCAAUGGCUAACAUUCUUGUUGUACAUUGCCAGUCACAAGAUCGUCUUACUCAGCAUACAGCGUUACAGUGGGUCAAUGGGUUUAUUACACUGGCGGGAAGACGUAUGCUGCCAUUGUGUUCAGGGUUUCUCACUGCCAUUCUUCCAUGUGUAGCGUAUCACGAUCGGCAAGACGUUCGCGAUGUCGCCAUUGCUGCCAACCAAGCUCUGAUGAAGUUGAUCACAUCGGAAGAUGAUCACAUGGAUCUCAACUACUUGAAACGUUACGACCCGGUAUUUAGGAGAGUGAUGAAUCGUGUCAGUAGUACGUCAUCCGACAAUGACUGUGAGCCUUUGGUGGGCGUUUCUCCACCGGCGACAGGUGGUGUCGAGGAUUCUCCACCAGGUUCGUCAACGUCUGCGGCAGGGUCAUCGCAUGCGACGGGCUUUCAAUUGCAACCGGUCAUCGAAGUCCUCACUCUUCAACUAUUGAAUAAAUCGGUCGAAACGAGACUCGCUGUGCUUCGAUGGAUGUUGAACCUCCACGACAGACUACCUAAAAAGAUGUUUUUGCUUGCUGAGCAAUUGUUUCCAGUCUUAUUGUCUAGCCUAUCAGAUGCAUCGGACGAGGUCGUUCUUCUCGACCUUGAAGUCAUCGGUGAGAUAUCGUCGUCGUCGGCCGAGGGUGUAAUAAAGGCAUUUCGAGCGUCGGCAUUGAAGCAGCCGUCUCCUGGCCAAUCUCCUCCAGAUACGCCGGGAUCUAGGAGAAAAAAGAAGUCAAAGAAUGGAUCAAAUAGAAGUCCAACAACGGGAAACUCGAGGACAGACGGUUUGGAAGUGGCUCCACUGAAAGCGGCCGAGAAGAACAAUCUCACGAUUUACUUCACGAAAUUUAUGACGAGUUUGGUGUCGUUGUUCAGUACAGACAGACAACUGUUAGAGGAUCGCGGCUCUUUUAUUAUUAGACAGCUGUGUUUACUGCUUGACGGGAAGGACAUUUACUGUGCAUUCGCCGAGAUCUUGUUGCAAGAGGACGACUUGAAGUUUGCGUCGACGAUGGUUCGUAACCUCAACAUGAUUCUCCUAACGUCGGUCGAGCUGUUCACGCUGAGAAGCGACCUCCGAGAUCUGAAAUCGAAAGACAGUGUCGAUUUGUUUAGCAGCCUCUAUCACUCGUGGAGCCACAGCCCUGUCGCCACCGUGUCUCUCUGUCUUCUCACUCAGACGUACAAGCAUGCGUGCAGCCUCAUAUGUAAAUUUGGAGAUAUCAACGUAAAUGCCGCCAUGCUUUCGGAGAUAGACAAAAUGGUUCAGCUAAUUGAGUCUCCCGUUUUUGUUUAUCUGCGUUUGCAGAUGUUGGAGCCUGAUAGGUAUCAUUAUCUGAUAAAGGCAUUGAAUGGUCUGCUGAUGUUGCUGCCUCAGACUUCGGCAUUUACAAUGUUAAGGAACAGACUUAGUUGUGUUCCUACUACGAAACAAGCAUCGUUUGAAAGUCGCGUAACGAAAGUAUCCAGUGAACGAGAUCGCCUUCUUUCGACGCUUGACUUUGAUAAUCUUUUACGCCACUUCGAGACAGUUCAAGCUAAACAUUCCGAAGAAGCAAAGCAAACACUACUACAAGGAAAAACUUCCUUAGAACGUCUUUGAUUUCAACACUUCUGUAUCAUAUAGAGAUGAUCUGAAUAGGAAUUACAAUGAACAGAUAGAUUCAUUGAGUAGAGGAGUGCUGCUUUAUACGUUUUGUAUGCCUCAUUGUUGUUUAGACGAAUUUGUUGUUGAUAUAAUGUUGACUCUUUAUAUUGUUGGGCCUAGCUUAGCACUAUGUAGAUGCAUGUUUAUAUUUUUCAAUAUCCAGUUAUACAUACAUAUAUUGUUUUGAUUAUUGGA